AUGUAUUUGAGUUUUGUUAAUUGGUCUUUUUCACUUGGCCGACAGGUGAUCACAUGGUUUCAGAAUCGCCGUGCCAAAAUGAAGCGAGAAGCGGAAGAAUUAGAGCGUGACCUGCUGGCGGCCAAACGGGGCCAGCGUUCAGAGAGCGCCGUUGACUCUCUGCUGGAUGAAGGCGACUUGGCGACUGAUCUGGAGGAGGAUAUCGACGAUGAAGAAGGUCAGAUUGGCGAAAAUGGAAUUGAAGACGUCGACGUAGUGGACACGGACGUAGACGCGAAUGAUUGCAUCUCGUCGAGAAUCUGCAUUUUGAGGAAGGAGAGUGAGGAAACGUGUUUUGGCCUCGUGAAUUUGGCUGGAGACGAUGCCAGAGUCGCGUUGGCCUCAUUCGAGGCGGCCGAGGAGAUCGGAAGCAGUCGCAGUACCUCGUCGCUGAGUCAAGUAGAGAGACUUCAUUGUGACAGCCCGUCUUGA